UGUGUCGCUUCGAACAUGGCUGCGAUCGAGUGCAACUUGAAAGAGGACUGCUCGACGGACUUGUCGAAGUCGCCGGUAUUUUCAGAUGAAACAGUCAAAACGAUCGAAGAACAUGAAACAUCGGGGAUACCGUUGCAGUCCGCCUGGACUUUCUGGUUGGACAGAGCUAUAUCUGGCACAACUGUAGAGGAGUAUAAACAAAAUUUAACGAAGAUUUAUACUGUGAACACUGUACAAAGCUUUUGGGCUGUCUUCAAUAAUAUACCAAAAGCCAGUGCUGUACAAGUCAGGUAUAGCUAUCAUUUAAUGAGAGAUGAAAGAUAUCCAUUAUGGGAAGAGCCUAUCAAUCAGAAUGGUGGAACAUGGAGAUUGAAGUGCUAUAAAUCUGAUACUGAAACAAUUUGGAAAGAAAUGGUGCUCGCUGCUAUUGGAGAACAAUUUGCCGAUUGCGUCAUGGAAGGUGACGAAGUUUGCGGAGUGACUGUGUCUAUAAGAGAAAGAGAAGACAUUAUCCAAAUUUGGAACAUGAAUGCGUCUUUGGCGUCAAAGGCUACAGUGUUGGAUAAAGUCCACUCUCUGUUACCUAAUACAAAGUUUCAAGAACUUUAUAAACCGCAUCAAUCGCAUCAUGCUUAUGGUCGUCGUUGAAAUGCUACCAUGAGUUUGCAAUACUUCUUAGGAACGAUCAAAAAUCUGAUUAGAUCAAUCAAGAAGAAAAUGAUUCUACUUAUAUACAAAGAAAUGUUAAACUUUAUUUGUUAAUAAUAAAUUGUUUCUUAACAAUGAC